AUGAACAAACUGCGGCAGAGUCUCCGGCGCAAGAAACCGUCCUACGUGCCCGAGGCCAGCCGCCCCCACCAGUGGCAAGCCGAUGAAGAGGCGGUGCGCAAGGGCCGCUGCAGCUUCCCGGUGCGGUACCUGGGCUACGUGGAAGUGGAGGAGUCCCGGGGGAUGCAGGUGUGCGAAGAGGCGGUGAAGAAGCUGAAAGCGAGUGGCCGCAAAUCUGUGAAGUCCGUGCUGUGGGUUUCAGCCGAUGGGCUGCGCGUGGUGGACGACAAGACCAAGGACCUGAUCGUGGACCAGACCAUUGAGAAGGUUUCCUUCUGUGCUCCGGAUCGCAAUUUCGACAAGGCCUUUUCCUACAUUUGCCGGGAUGGCACUACCCGGCGCUGGAUCUGCCACGGCUUCCUGGCCCUGAAGGACUCGGGGGAGCGCCUGAGCCACGCCGUGGGCUGCGCCUUUGCCGCCUGCCUGGAGCGCAAGCAGAAGCGGGAGAAGGAGUGUGGGGUGACGGCCUCCUUCGAUGCCAGCCGCACCAGCUUUGCCCGGGAGGGCUCCUUCCGACUGCCCGGGCCCCCGGCCCCCACCUCCCGCCCCUCUGGAGCACGGUCCCCCCAGGAUAAGAAGAAAGUGGAGGCAGCUGUGGCCCCUUCGGCCCCCAUCGCAGCCCCUGCCCAACCCGGCAGCGCCUCUCCUCCCCAGGGGUCCACUUCCCCCGAGGAGAAGGUGGAGGCCGGGGGGGCUCAUGCCAUCCCGCGCCGCCAUGCCCCCCUGGAGCAGCUGGUGCGGCAAGGCUCCUUCCGAGGGUUCCCCACGCUGAGCCAGAACUCCCCCUUCAAGAGGCAGCUCUCCCUGCGCCUCAACGAGCUGCCCUCCACUCUGCAGCGCAAGGGCCACGCCGAGAGCAGCGCAGUUUCAGAGGGAGAGGCAGGCGCCAGCAGGGAUUCGGACAGUAUCUCAGCUCUCUGCACUCAGAUUGACACUUCGCUCGCCCAGCCAGCUGGAGAGCCCCCCGCAGCCCUCGUGCCCGCAGAAGGGGGACCCGCUUGCUCAUGGGACGACCCCCAGGCCAGCCCCCUGUUCCAGCCGGGGCACAAGAGGACCCCCUCGGAGGCAGAGCGCUGGCUGGAAGAGGUCGCCAAGGCUGCCAAGGCUCAGCAGCACCAGCAGGUUCCCCAGGCCGCCCCCCCACCUCUGCCCGCCUUUCCUCUGAGCUAUGAGGCAGCCCCCCUCCCCACAGGCAUCUUUGCAUCUCCCCACAUGCCCCCCACCUUUGUGCCUGUGGGCACUGCCUACGUGCCUGCACUGCCCUUCCCUGCCCUCCCCAGCGUGCCCGUGGUGGGCAUCACACCCUCCCAAAUGGUGACCAAUGCCUUCUGCUCCGCCACACAGGCUCCCCUUACAAAUUUGGGGGUCAAGGCCAGCCCCUUCCCGCAGGCCCUCCUGGACCCCCCUCGGCUCAGAGCCAACGGGACUGUCUGGCCCUCUGAGCAAAGCCCCCCAGGCAUUCCUGCCCCCCACCUCGAGCCCCCAGACCCCUUUGAAGCCCAGUGGGCUGCCCUCGAAUCCAAGGCCUCCACUGCUGCCUCCAACCCCUUCUCUGGUGACCGGCAGAAAACCUUUGAAAUAGAAUUGUGA